CGAUCCAUAAUCAGAAGAACCGGUCAGUGUGUAAUUGGCCGUUGUGGGAGACACGAUAGUUGUGUUCUGUCGGUUGUAGUAUUCAUUUUAUUUGUGGUCCAGACUUACUUGUGGACAUUACAUUCCUACUGGUGGGAGAGCACUCACUACCUUCUUUUGCAUAUACUCAUUCGCCACGACGAUAUUUGUUUCAUUUCAUUUCAUUCCAUUCAUUCAAAUUAUUUCAUUGACUCCUGUACUUAUUAGAAAAAAUAUUUAUUUUAAUUCGUUUACUACCGACACUUUUUUUGCAUCGCCAAUUAUUAAGACAACAUGCACCUGAUGCUGCGUCUCGCAUCCUGGAUUUCAGCGAAGCUGUUGCUGCUUUUGCAGCCGUUUUUUUGGUACCGCGACUGCAUAUCACCUCCAAAAUUACCCCCGACUUCAGAUUCAAUGUUUGAACUCUCGGCUUGUCAAUUAGCGAAAAAAAUAAGACAGGGCAACAUAUCAAGUGAGUCCGUAGUAGAAGCAUACAUCGAAAGAAUAAAAGAAGUCGAGCCCUUCAUAAAUUCGGUAGUUGAUAACCGCUUCGAAGAUGCUCUGCGUGAAGCCCGACAUUGCGAUAAAAUGCUCGAGGCCGGAAUUGUCACGACAAUGCAGCUCGAAUUGGAAAAACCUUUUUACGGUGUACCAUUCACUGUUAAAGAAAGCUGCGGGCUCAAAGGUCUCAGUUACACGGGAUGUACUUUAGUGCGUUUGGGAAUCAAAGCUGAUGAAGACAGUCUCAUUGUAGAAAGUAUGCGGGCUGCCGGUGGUAUUCCCCUUUGUGUUACGAAUACACCGGAACUGUGUUCCGGGUUUGAGUCGACCAAUCCAAUUUAUGGUACAACUCUUAAUCCUUACGACGGAAGACAUUCCGCGGGCGGAUCUUCUGGCGGGGAAGGCGCAUUGAUAGCUGCCAGUGGAUCUCUUAUUGGGCUUGGAUCAGAUAUCGGCGGGUCUAUCAGAGUUCCUGCGCUUUUUAACGGAAUUUUUGGACACAAACCAACCCCUGGAAUAAUUCCGAUCAAAGGACACUUUCCAAUGGUGGAAAAUAGCGAAUUUCAAAAGUAUCUGACAUUGGGUCCAAUGACCAGAUACGCGGAGGAUCUUCAUAUGGCGGUAAAAGUUAUGACGAGAGAUUGUAAAAAAAAUUUACGUCUUGACGAACCGGUUGAUAUUGCGAAGCUAAAUGUUUUCUAUUUGGAAGAUAUUGAUAACAAUUUCGGCGUCAAUCCUACGAGUGAAGAUAUCAGAGACGCGAUUCGUCGCGCCGCUAAACAUUUUGAGACUUGCGGUGCUAAAAUUAGCAUACCUGUGAUAGAAGAGUUGAGUGAUAGCUGUGAGAUAACCGUGGCAAAGCUUUUCACGAUGUCUGAUAUGCCCCCGAUAUUAAUCCAUCCAAGUGAUCCAAAAGGAAAAGUAAACCCAUACUUGGAAUUGGCUAAAUCAACAGUAGGCUGUUCAAAAUAUUCAAAAUCAGCGAUAUUUAUGGCUAUUGUUAAAGAACUGAAUGGAUUGGUUCCUGAAUCGGAAUUUCCAUAUUAUGAAGGAAAAUUCAAUAAAUUACAAGAAAAAUUACUGAAAAUUUUGGAUGACAACUCGGUAUUAUUUUUCCCAACAUUUGUAACUACAGCUCCAGCGAUUGGUCAAAGUAUCUUGUUAUCAAUAGCAGGAGUAUUUUGUCUUAUUUGUAAUAUUCUUGGUCUGCCAUCGACUCAAGUACCCAUGGGACUAAAUAAGCAAGGGCUGCCCGUAGGAUUUCAGGUAAUCGCGGCACCUCAUCAAGACAGACUUUGUUUAGCUGUAGCCAAAGAGUUGGAAAAAGCGUUUGGUGGCUGGAUUCCACCAACAAAAGUCUAGUUUAUAAAUUUGUAAAUUACAAUAAUCAUUAUUAUUAAUUAUCACCAUAGAUAUAUAUUUUGUAAAAUUUGUACAGAUAUAAUAAGCAUUCAUAUGUGAAACAUAUUUUAUUUAGACAAAACAUCAUGCAGAAUAUAACAUAUUUUUAUUAUUCUUAAUAGUAAUUAAACUUUUUUUUAGUCUCACUUUUGGCCCUCAUCAAAUUAUUUAUUAUUUAUUGUGUAAUAAUAUAUUAAUGUCGCGAGCAAAUAUAAAUUUAACUAUACAUAGCAAUAAUAAUUAUAUACGCACGUAAUUACGUACCAAAGACAUUGAGAUGUCUCAUCAAAUUUGUGGCUCAUAAAUAUUUAUUUUAUUUAAAUUAUUCUUGAAAAAAAAAAAACAAAUAACGGAAAAAUACUUAGCAGUAAUUUUUAUGCAGCUUCUUCACCAUAUGAACAUACGACCUCGUCUCCCGCGGGAUAAUUGACAGUAAUAAUAUUGAUAACAAAAAAGAUAAUUAAGGUAAAGCAAAAAAUAAUUGAGUU